AUGACCAAAGAGGAAGAAGAAGCGGAGAAAAAUCGUGUCUCUAAGUUAUCCGAUUUCAAAAAAGAACAGGAGCUGCGAAAACUAAAUCGAGAGAUUCUCAGACUCAACAUGCUGAGAGGCAUCAACACUGGAGAAUUGUAUACCAUUCGUGGACGAUACAAGCUCCUACUGCAAGAAUAUGGAGUUCCAAUGAUGGUCUGGUACGGUGCUGUUUGGUUGACAACUGGAUCGGCACUGUUUGUGCUAGCCGAAGUGGGUGGAAUGGAUACCAUGGCGGUGCUAGCCUAUGCGGACCAAUACACCGGUUUCGACAUGGUUAGCAGAGUGGAUCCCACAUUGGGAAAAUUGGGCAUCAUCCUGAUCUUGAAUGAACUGUUGGAACCAGUGAGAUUACCUUUUGUGGUCUUGACAGUCAAGCCAGUGAUGGAUCGGCUUUUCCCACCUAAAGUAUAG